AUGUCAACAUGUGCCCACCUAUGGAUACAAAGUGUGCAGUCGGAUAUGCACCAGUCCUGGAAGUGCCUGAUGGAAAAUGCUGUCCAAUAAUCAAAUGCGAGCCAAAGAAAGUGUGCGUCCACAAAAAUGUGGAGUAUGAGCCUGGUACCGACAUCCACGUUGUUGACUGUCAGGAAUGCAGCUGUACGUGGGACAUGGAUCCUAAAACGCAGUUCUUCCUGAUCAAAUGUGAACUUGUGCAGUGCAAUAAGAAAUGUGAUCCUGGUUAUGAAUAUGAUGAUACAAACUUUGACGACUGCUGUGGAAAGUGUGUGCAAACUCACUGCAUUGUCAAUGUCAAUGGCGUCGAUCAUAUACUGAAGGAAGGAGAGACUUUGCCCUCUGCAAAUCAGGGCUGUGAUAGAAUCACGUGUACUAAAGUUAAUGGACAGUUCAUCACCAACAAAUACACAGUCCAGUGUCCUCCUUUCAACAUUUCCAACUGCCAGCCUGGCACCGUUCAGCUGUCAUCUGAUGGCUGCUGCAAAGUUUGUUCGGACCAAAUGAAGGGAUGUCAAGUACAGACCGUUCUCGAUUACAUAAAUCACAACGACUGUCAGUCAGAGAAGAGAAUGGACCUGACAUUUUGUGGUGGAGACUGUGCUAGUUUUAGCAGGUACACUGAACCUGGAUUGUCCUCUUGUACCUGUUGCCAGGUCACUCGCGCAAGCAAUCGCACAGUGAAUCUUAGUUGCAUAAAUGGAGACGUAGUGGCCUACGCGUACAUCCAUGUUGAGGAGUGCGCCUGUAGCAGAACUAACUGUCAUAAAGCGGGAGUGGGCCACACACUCAUUGAAGACAGCCAAAGAAAACGCAGCUUAGGACUUCCGUGAGCAGCAGCAGUAAAUCAUCCACACGAAGUCACUGAAAUAUGAAUUCUGUGAAAAACCUUGUUUGGAAAUUAAUUUAAAUUACACAUGCUUUGUUUAACAUCUCUAAAACUUUAUCUAUAGGUCUCUUUUUUUCUUUUCUUAAAAA